AACAUCUCAAUAUAGACCCAUAUAGACACAAGCGUGAAGCAGAUUCUGAGGCAGCGCAGUGUGCUUUUGAUAAAUAUAGGAACUGGAUGGUCCGUCAAACGGAGGCAGAGGUCAAUAUACGACAGAAAAGAUCAUAUUUUAGCUAUAAGGACUCGAUCUGACACAAUAAAUACUCAGCGGAAAGUAAUACCCACGAUAAUCGCCAGCGUCGAGCGACGGCCAGCUGUAGUAUCGGGUCCCAGAACACCUGUAUUCUCUACAUGAGGUCCGAUCCCAUACUGUUUAACAAGUUCAAGUCCGACUUAAAUGGGAAUGAGAUCGCGGCCCGAGAUGAAAUUCUGUCCUUUUUUGCCAGCCAUGUUGCUGCUAUUAACGAUAUUUACGGCCAAACAAAAUUCUCGCCCCUCAACGGACAGUCACCAUGUUUUCAGGGCGUCCAGUUCCAAAUUCAGAGAACCACGAUAAUGACGGAUGAGACGGAGAAAUGUGGAAACGUUCUGGAGAAGACGGCGUUCUGUCAACCCAAUAUAGACGUCAGUAACUUCCUGAACCUGAAUUCGCUGACUAAUCAUGACGCUUUCUGUCUGGCGUACAUCUUCACAUAUCGUGACUUCUCACACGGUACUCUGGGCCUGGCCUGGGUGGGCUCACCUUCAGCAUCGGCGGGGGGCAUAUGUGAGAAGUACAAAUCUUACACGGAAGGGAACCAGCAAAUUAGGAAGAGCCUAAACACGGGAAUCGUCACCAUCAUCAACUACAACAAACGCGUGGCUCCGCGUGUCUCACAACUUACGUUCGCUCACGAAGUGGGGCAUAACUUUGGUUCACCGCAUGAUGAUGGUCAGUACUGCGCCCCCUAUGUCAGUACUGCGCCCCCUAUGUCAGUAUUGUGA